UGUACGUCCUAGGCAUUGUGGGUACAGCAUUGGGUGAGGAGGUGUCUGUGCGCAUGGUGGCUGGUCCAGCUCCGGUCAGCGCUCCAAACGGCUUUUACGCAGCGUCCUCUCCGCUCCGAUGCAGCGCGUCUUCAGCCGCGCUUCAUGCCGGGAGCUCGGCGGCCUCGCGGCUUGCUCGCCCGGGCUCUGCGGCUGGAAGAACGGCCUGACCUGCAGGAAGCAGCCGGUGCUGCACCGGCAGUGGUCGGGGGUGUGCGUGCGUCCUGCGCGUCCUGCGCGUCCUUUCACCGGGGAGCAGGGCCGGAAGCUGUGCAGGGCCAGGCUCGUGUUGGCCGGGCAGAAACACAGACUGUUCGGCUCACAGCCUGGAGACAGCGACCCGCCGAGGAGCUCCAAGGACGAGCCGCGUAUCGCCGUGGUCGGCAUCACGAAUCCGAUCACAUGGCUCCGGUGUAAACUCCUCAUAUUUCUCAUCAAUCUACACUUUGACUUAGACAUCGGCUCUGUUGAGUUUGGCAGAGGGGUGAAGCAGGCUUUGGUCCACAUCUCCAAGUUGAUGUCCAGUGGCCAAUACCACAGGAUGGUGGGGAUAGUGUCCACAGAGAUGAUCGAGCACAUUGAGAAGCAGUGCAGCUCUCUCAGCGACGCUCAGAGGCAACAGUUAGCCGUCACCAUGGACGACAUUUUAGUUACGCUUCCGGAAGACGUGUCUGUCGCCUUCGAUCAACGCGGUAGAAAGUUCUGCUCCAUAGUUUUGAGGUUUUGGUUCCUGUCAACAUCCGAAGGCCCCGAUGACCCCAAGGCCAGGAUCUUGAAAGUGGCCCCUCGUGAAGAUGGCGCCCCGCAGAGGAAAGUCGCGACAGCAGUCUUUGAGUUCCACGGCGAGCUGUUGAAGGGAACCUCGCCUGACUGGACGGUCACAACUGUUUGGCACUGGCAUUGGAAUCAAGCUGAGUGAUUUGACUUGACACCACGAGGCCAUUUGUCAGACAUCGGGCCUCAACAGGGGAGUCGUGAUUGGCUCGAUUUACUUGAAACUGGACCACAGGCAAAGUGAGAUGAAGACUGAUUGUUACACAGUUUGACUGUCUAUCAGGAUGACAUGAAAGAAGAAAGAAAGGAACCCUACUUGAAUCAUCCUCAGACCCUCAGAUAGAUGCCUUUUUAAAGCCUCCUUUGAAUCACCUGUUCAACACAGUCAGGUGUUUUUUUUUUUUAGCUGUGAUGUGAACAGAGUGAUGAGAAAGACUGUUAUCCAAAGUGUGUGCUGCCAAAAAAAAAAACACCACUUCAGGUACGUGUACUGGCUUUUUCAAGUUUCUCAGUUGUCAUGGUGAUGGCUCAGGUGUUGAUGCCUUGGUCAUGUGACAACGGGUGCUUGUGUAUAUAUAUAUGGUCACUGUUUUCCAAAGUUCCGUACUUACUGUAGGUCAUCUCCAUCACAACUGAGAAAGACCAUGACGCAGCUGAAAGUUCCAGAAAAAGGUGGUAGGUGGACCUGGAUUCCAAGGUCAAGUCCAUUAAGUUGUUUUUUUAAACCAGUACUAUAUAUUUCUUUAAUAAACUGCCUGAUCAUUGCACCAAACUGAA